AUGGAUCCUAUCCGUGUAACGGUUCUCAUAUCCGGCUCUGGAACAAACCUCCAAGCUGUAAUUGAUGACACAAAUCUCCCUGCAAAAAUCAUCCGGGUCAUCUCCAACCGCAAAGACGCCUACGGUUUGGAACGCGCGCGCCGCGCUGACAUCCCCACACAUUAUCACAAUCUCGUGAAAUACAAAAAACAGCAACCCGCAACACCGGAGGGCGUGCAGCGUGCAAGGGAGGAGUAUGAUGCCGAGCUCGCGAGACUGGUGCUAGACGAUAAGCCUGACUUAGUUGCUUGUUUGGGGUUCAUGCAUGUGCUUUCGGAGGGCUUCCUGGGACCGUUGGAGGCCAAGGGCCUUAGGAUUAUAAACUUGCAUCCGGCUUUGCCGGGGGAGUUUAAUGGGGCUAAUGCCAUUGAGCGGGCCCAUCAGGCAUGGUUGGACGGUAAGAUUGAAAGGACCGGAGUCAUGAUUCAUAAUGUGAUUUCAGAGGUGGAUAUGGGGAAGCCGAUUCUUGUAAAGGAAAUUCCGUUUGUGAAGGGCGUUGAUGAGGAUCUGCAUACGUUCGAGCAGAAAGUGCAUGAGAUUGAGUGGGGGAUUGUCAUUGAAGGGUUGCAGAAAACGAUUAAAGAGAUCCGCUCGGCGAAGUCAUAG